UAAAUACUGAACACUUUCAUCAAAAUUCCCCCAAAAUUGAUGUUUCGGGUACAAAGUAACUGAAAACAAAAAUUCUGUGAUUGAAAAUCUAGUGACUACAAGCAUGGCUUCCGGUUAAUUAGAAAACAAAUAGAAAGUUCGUUUUAUAGUGAUUAUCUUCAAGAUUUAGUCAUUUAAUGCGGAUAAUAUCCCCCCUGAGCUGGUGUGUACUCUGUGCAGCAAAUUGAGUUAGGCACAUUCAUCUUUCAUUACCAGUUUUAUCAAGUCAGGGUGAAAGAUGGCAACUGGGCUGUACGCUAUCUACAAACAACCCCAUCCGCCCACAGGGAUAGAGAUGUGUGUUUACUGUAAUUUUAUGUCAUCCCGUGAACAGAACCUUGUCAUUGCGGGAACUUCUCAGCUUCAUGUAUAUCGCCUGAUUGGAGAUGGAGAAUCUGCCACAAGCAAGGGAACAGACAAGUCAGAUAUCAAAUCCAAGAAGCAAAAGUUGGAAUGUUUAGCAUCAUACUCAUUAUUUGGUAACAUUACAUCAAUGCAGAAGGUGAGACUGGCAGGGGCAUCACGGGAUGGACUUCUAUUGAGCUUCGCUGAUGCAAAGCUGUCCCUCAUAGAAUAUGACCCAAGUAGCCAUGACUUGAAAAAUACAUCUCUGCAUUAUUUCCAAGACGAAUCUCUGAAGGAUGGUAUAGAACAGAAUUUACACAUCCCCAUAGUUCGAGUAGACACAGAAAAUCGUUGUGCGGUGAUGUUGAUUUAUGGGUCUCGCCUUGUAGUUUUACCAUUCAGGCGUGACAUCAUCACUGAGGAACAAAGUUUUCUUACUGGAAAUAAAACACAAAUUAUGUCAUCAUUUGUUAUUGAUCUCCGUCACCUGGAUGAGAAGAUAACCAACGUCAUAGAUUUCCAGUUCCUGCAUGGCUAUUAUGAACCAACCCUCUUCAUUCUUUAUGAGCCUGUCAGGACAUGGGCUGGUCGGGUUGCAGUAAGAAAAGACACAUGUAAUAUAGUAGCCAUCUCUCUCAACAUCCCAAGUAAGGUCUACCCAAUUGUGUGGUCUAUGCAGAACUUACCAUUUGAUUGCAUUCAAGUGCUGGCAGUACAAAAACCAAUAGGUGGUGUGUUAGUUCUCGCAGUGAACUCAUUGUUCUAUCUGAACCAAAGUGUCCCACCAUAUGGUGUCUCUCUGAACAGUAUUACUCAACACAGCACAGACUUCAUACUCAAAGAGCAACAGGGUGUGAAGAUAUCCCUUGAUUGUGCACAAGCAGCAUUCAUAGACACAGACCGACUUGUACUUUCACUGAAAGGUGGCGAACUAUAUGUCCUGACAAUGAUGGUGGAUGGGAUGAGGGCAGUGAGGAGCUUUAAUUUUGACAAAUCAGCAGCCAGUGUUCUCACUACUUGUUGCUGUGCCUGUGAUGACAACUACCUUUUCCUUGGGUCACGUCUUGGAAAUUCUUUAUUGCUGAAAUAUACGCAGAAAGAUGACCUAGCCCCCGAUGAUGUUAGUGCACCACUUGCUAAGAAAAUAAAACUGGAAAAAGAUUUAGAUGAGGACAAACUGGACGAUCUAGAACUAGAAGUGUAUGGAACAGACAACACACAACCUGGCACAGAAAUCAACUCUUACACUUUUGAGGUAUGUGAUAGUAUAAUGAACAUAGGCCCCUGUGGCCAGAUGGUGAUGGGAGAGCCAGCCUUCUUGUCUGAAGAGUUCUCAAAUACAAAGGACCCGGAUGUUGAGCUUGUAACUACCUCAGGCCAUGGCAAAAAUGGUGCUCUUUCUGUUUUACAACGAUCAAUUCGCCCUCAAGUGGUUACAACAUUUGAGCUGCCUGGUUGCACUGACAUGUGGACUGUGAUUGGUCAACCAAAUUCUGAUGAGGUAAGCUAUUUAUGA